AUGGUCUCUCCUGAUUCCAACAUUAUCAUUGUUGGUGGUGGUGUGUUUGGUUUGAGUACAGCCUUGUGGCUGACCCGUGGUGGGUAUAAAAACAUCACAAUUUUCGACCGAUGCGCUUUCGACAAGAAUUAUUAUAACCCAUCAAAUGGCUGUGAUGGGGCGUCCGCGGACAUUAACAAGAUUUUCCGGAUGGCGUAUGGGGAGAAGCACCAGUAUCAAACACUUGCCAUUGAGAGUAGAGACAUGUGGCUCGAGUGGAACAAGGCCAUCCGCGAAAGCGCUCCCUCCGAGCUUCCAGCCGGCCUCAGUCCCGAGGAUCAGCUCCUAUGGAUCUGUGGUGUCUGGUUCCUCGCGGAGGGCCACGAGUUGCGAGACUUCUAUGCGGAGAGUCUUGAGACCAUGAGAAAGACAGCACCUGCCUUCCGGGACGCGCAAUUUGUCCGAGGCAAUGCGGAGGACGAAGAGCGUCUUGGCAAGAUCGACCCAAAAUGGCUCGAGAAAUUCCACAUUAUCGAUAAGAUGAACGACGGCGCGUCUAACGGCUUCUUCGAUAUUAAUGCCGGAGUCAACAUUGCGGACAGGGCUUGUGUUUACGCCCGGUUCCUGUGCGAGAAGGCUGGCGUUAAGUUUGUCCUGGGCGAUCCCCAGGGCAAGCUACAGACCUUGAUCGUCGAGAAGAAUGACCAAGAGAAGAAGGUCACAGGCAUCAAAACAUGUGAUGGGCUGAGCCACUUCGGUGAUCUUGUGAUAGUCGCCUCUGGCGGCUGGACUGCAUCAAUUAUCCCCGAAGCUCAUCGUGCCGUGGAGACCACAGCAGGCACAGUGAUGUUUAUCGAUAUUCCCAAGGAGAGAACAGACCUUUGGGAAAGGUUCAACGUCAAGAAUUUCCCUAUUUGGCACUACCGCAGUGGAGACGGUGAUGAUUACUACCAGGGGAGUGGUUUCCCUAUUAGCAAAGAAGGACGACUCAAGAUUGGCUUCCGUGGUCGCAAAUUCACCAACUUCGAAGAUCAUCCCACGGAACCAAACCUCCGUAUUUCAACUCCGCGAACCAAGUACACCAAGAAUCCCAUCAACACAGUCCCAUUGUAUGGCCUUGAACGCAUGAAGGCUGUCAUUGCCAAAGCAUUCCCUGAGCUGGUGGAGUUUGGAAUUACGGAGAGCAAGCUAUGCUGGUACACCGAUAGCAUUGACACCGAUUACGUCAUCGACUACGUCCCCGGCUAUUCGGAUUCGCUUUUCAUUUGCACUGGUGGCUCUGGACAUGCCUUCAAGUUCCUACCGAUUCUUGGCAGACACGUUAAAAACCAACUAGAGCGUGUUCCUGAUCAGUUCACACCUAUGUGGAAGUGGCGUGUGGCCGAGGAAGGAAAGCCCAGCAACGGGCUAUUGGAGGGAGAGACAGGUCCUAGAGUGUUGAACAAGGUUCAACUGGCUGAUCCUAGUGACUUUAAGUUCUAG